AAGAUGUACAGAGAAAGAAAGAAAGACUGAAGCCUUGACAUUUGCAAUGCAAACGCUGCAGUUCGUGUUUCUACUCGGGGAGGAGUAGGUAAAGCGACGGACCGGAUACAGCGUGGGCAACUGGAGACAGGUCUGUGGAGCAUAAGAUCCCCGAGAGAGAAGCACAGCCAUGUUUAGAAGGGCAUCAGUGCAGGUAUUCCGACAGUAUGUCAGACAUCAGUCAAACGAAAUGAACUCCCUCAUCCUGGAGAGAUCUAUGAACCGAGUGCAGCUCCUGGGGCGCGUGGGUCAGGACCCAGUGAUGCGGCAGGUUGAGGGGAGGAACCCUGUCACCAUAUUCUCCAUGGCAACCAAUGAGACGUGGCGAUCGGAGGAAGGGGACUCCACUUCUACAGGAGAUGUCAGCCAGAAGACCACGUGGCACAGGAUCUCUGUGUUCCGGCCAGGGCUGCGGGAUGUGGCUUACCAAUAUGUGAAAAAGGGAGCUCGUGUUCUGGUUGAAGGAAAGCUUGAUUAUGGGGAAUAUGUGGAUAAAAACAACGUCAGACGACAAGCCACCACCAUUAUAGCAGACAAUAUCGUCUUUUUAAGUGACACCUUGAAGGAGAGAGUCUGAGAAAACCAGCCACCGCCGGUUCCUCUAAUAGAAAAAAAACCUUUUAUAUUUUAGUAUUUUUCAAGUAUGGUGAGAACACUGAUUAUAAGGGGGUCGCUAAUUACAGACUUGGCUAUGUAUAUUUGUGUGUAAAAUGUCAAAGGAUGUUAGUGGAUGGUAGCCUUUUAAUUUAGGUGGCAUUCCCUUGUGAGCAAUGAUCUUGACACUUAAAGUUCUGAAGAAAGCAGCUAGCUAUUUCAGUUAGCUGACUAAUCCCCAAGAGAUGAAUAUUGAAACUUUAUGGAUCCUCAUUCUCAGCCAGUCAGAUUGUUCACAUGCAAGAGAAUUUAAGCUGUCAGUUGAUCAUUUUGAAACCAAGAAAAACAAGUUUGAAGUUGACUGUAAUUUGUAUAAAAGCUUUCUCUUUCUUGUUCUGACUGGGUACUGUAAAUACUGCUUCAAUGGGUUUGAUGUCUCCAUGCUUGAAACUCGGAUGGCAUCUAUUUCCACUGAUGGCUUCAAUUUACUUUUAGUUAAGUGUCCUCGGUAUCAAAUCAAGACACUGAACAGUCAAUCCAGAUGCAGAAGAGACUUACUAGAUUUCUCACUGUGCAAAGGUUGAGUGUCCACAAGGCCUGUUUCGGGGCAAAGGGUUGUCUUUGCAAUGUAAUUAAUAACAUUGAGCAACAUUUAAAAAGUAAAGAAACGUAAUUGGAAAAUAGAUGUUGUGCCUUCCAUUCAUAAUGUUACCAUUUAAACUCUUAAGAAAUGAUGUAAGAAGAAUUUGUUCUUGUUGGCUUGUGAUUUUCCCAUUACAGUAUUUUUUAUAAAAGAUCAGUGUUUAUUUUAAUGUUUUGUUCAUAUUACAUGUUACUGUAAAUGUUCCACUUUCCAACCACUGCUUAUAUUUCCAAAUAUCCAUUUAACUGUAUCCUUACAAACCAUUCUGUCAGGUGCCAUUCACCUUAAUCUGUUUCUUGAUGAAAGCAAAGGUAAAAGUUCUGGAAUGUCCUUUGGAAUCCCCAGAUCUCAUUCCAAUAGAAAUGAUCUGAAAAAGCUGUAGCCAAUCAUUGUGUAUCCAAUCUGUCUGAGCUGAAGGAAAUAUGCAAGACAGAAUAGUCCAGAUGUCACCAACAAGAUGUAACAAGCUAGUUAAGAAUUCUCAUAUAUGUCUGAAAGCCGUUAUAAAGGAGGACUGCUUUAAAUUAAAUUAGUUUUUUUUUUUAAAUUAUUUGUUAAAUUACCAGAAAUUGUGUAUUUUGGUUUUAGUUUUAUUAAAAUGUGGUUAAAGUUU